AUGGCUCAAAAGUGGUAUUUUAGCAAAGAAGAGUUAAAGAAUUCUCCGAGUUUCAAAGAUGGUGUAAGUACUGAAAAAGAACUGGACCACAAACAACAAGCUGCUUACUUAAUGAAUGAUUUGGGCAAGCGGCUAAAAUUGUCGGAAGUCUGUACGCAUACAGCUACAGUGUACAUGCACCGUUUUUACACUCAACAUUCAUUGUCGAAAUUUCAUCGUUAUGAAAUGGCAAUGACGGCAAUUUUCGUGGCGGCAAAGGUUCAAGAAGAGCCACAAAAAUUGAAAGACGUUAUCAAUGCUUUUUAUCGCUGCUUGAAAAAAGACAUGAACUAUCAACUGGACACCACUGCUGCCGAGUACCAGGAUCAUGUCAAGACUAUAAUAUUAAAUGAACGCAUCCUUUUAGCCACAUUAGGAUUCAGGAUGGGAGUGAAUCAUCCACAUAAGUAUAUUAUGAAAUUCUGCCAAGAAAUCAACGCUUGUAAAGAACUAUGCAAGAUUUUUCUGCAGAUGGCGACCAACACCUUGCAGAUGACGUCAAUGUGCGUCAAAUACAAACCGGCAGUCGUGGCGGCGUUUUGCAUAUAUUUAACUAUUCGAUCCUCGCAAUGGAAAAUUCCAGAAGUCUUGGAUGGAAAUCCUUGGUUUUGGUUGCUGGAUCGGAAAGUGACGUUUGAUCUGCUGAUUAAGAUGGACAGGGAGUUCAAGGAAAUAUUAAAUAAAAUUUCACCUAGAAUAAAAAACCGGGUGAUGCGUUUAUUUAAAAAUCCAACUGGCCAAUUGAUUUUAAUGAAUCGAAAAGAGAGAUGCUCCAGUUCAUCGGAUCAGGAGAAUGUUUUGGCUAAAGCUGAAAUUAGGAAGUCAAGUAGACGAAAGAUCAGCUAUCACGAGUAUCUUGACAGACUGACGAAGAAAAAAUCUGCUAAUUCAGAUGGGUCGUCGGUAUCUUCACCUGAAGCUGAAGAAAUACAAGAUAAUUCUGUGGGAAGUACGAGUAGUCAACUUAUGCCUGUAACUACAGCAGAUGUGGAAGUAAGAAUUGGAGCUAUCGGAAACUACAGCUAUAAACGUAAACAUGAUGAUGAUACGGGCAGUAUUUUUGUUCCUGUUAAAAAACAAACAUUCUGUGCAUUACCACCAGAUGGACCAUAUCCAUUAUUUUUAUUCGAAGAAUAUCCUAAAUUUAUUAUUGAAAAUAAAGAAAAAAUGACUGAGUUGAUUAAUUUAAGAGAAGAAGAAAUAACUUUACGUAAAAAACGACAAGAAGUGUUGGAGAAUAUUGAGAAAAAAAGAUUAGAAGAUGAAAAGGACAAUUUUAUCAAAGAAGUUCAAAACCAGAGACUUCGAGAAUUACAACGAUGUUAUAAUGAGCAGCUUCGAGUAUCUGAAGCCUCAGUUGCUAGUGAACGUCAAAAACUCUAUCGACAAUUGCCACUGAGCGAAAGUAUAAAUCUCACAGAAAUUAAUUCUGCGAGUGAUGAAUUUAAUUCACGAUCAAGAGUUAACUCUUACAAUAAACUACGAAAUGAUGUGGAGGCACUUGAAGAAGAAGUUGGAGAAUUUUUAAAAACUAUUAAGUGUAAAAGAUAGAGACAUUAUAUAAUAUUUUAUUUAAUCUAAAGGUAAAUAAAUUAAAUAUGUUUUUUUGUUU